AUGAUCACAAAGAUGAUUACCGACGGCAGAUUCGGAGAUAGUACCCUCCCGCCAGGAGCUACCUUCUCGGAUACUAUCUUCGUCUCUCCACCACUUUCCCUUUCCUAUCCGACUCAAUCAACUCACCCAACUCAAUCAUCCUACCCUUCUGCGUCCACCCUACCCCCUCAAUUCCAAAGAAUCCACGCCAGAUCUUUCUUCCCAAACCAAACUCUGAGCACAGUCUCUGCAACCAACCAGGUGUUAGACAUAGCAACAAGGACCGCACUCUUUACCUUAUUCUUCAUCAUGUCUUGCUUCGCGCUCUUCUCCCUCAUUUACUUUGUCUACUACAUUCGUGAACUUUACACAGCCGAGCUUCAACAGCAGUGUAAUUACGAAUCAGAUGGGGAACUCGAACGAUUGAUAAUACGAAGAACCUCUUUUGGUUAUCAUACUUUUGAUGAGAUUUCUCCGUAUGAGGCUGAGGAGAAUGGACGUCCAGUUUCUUCGACCGGGAGGACCGAGAAUAGGGAGCAUAUCAAUGCUACAAGGGCUAACAGAGGUAUCAAUGCUACCAAAGCUACUCAAGCUACCAAAGCCAAAGCUACCAAAAUCACCGAACCCUCCAAACCCACCAAAACGACCAAAACGAUCAAUGUCCACCACACUGAACCUGAAUCGGAAACCGCCCACUCCACCCACCCAACCCCACCUAACCGUCGUAAAGUAGUAUUCGGCAACCUCCCACGACCCAUCCGCCGCCCACCCACUUCCAAGAAACCAGCAGUGAUCCAAUUCGCCGCAUCUGCCUCUCGACCCUCCCGUCUCAAUAAAUCUAAUCCCCCAAGACGAUUACGCAGUCCUCCUCUUCCCCCGGAUUUCCUCACAAUGUCCAAUGCGACCACUGCACCAAUGACAAUCCCGGGCCAAGAACCCUCUUCGUGGACUGCAGGUCUACCGUGGGCGACGGCGGCAGAUGAUCCGAAUACUCGGGAUGAGGGGAAGAGGGAUAGGGAGAUGAGUCCGGAUGAUGAGGAUUGGGGUGAUGUUGAUAGGAUUAUUAGUAAUGAGCGAGAUCAGUAUGCUGGGGAUAAAAAGAUUCUGGAUGAGGCGAGUAGAAGGGAUAGGCAGAUGAAGAGAGUGAAUGGAGGUUCUCAAUCAAGAGAUGAAUGCGAUAAUUUUUCUAGUAGUUCGGAAGGCUUUUGGGGUUACUAG